GGAGCUGUGGAGGAUGCUUUUGGCAAAGUAAUCAGGGUGUUUCCAGCGUACAAAGAUCAAUCUUCUCCUGACCUGGUCAAUAUCCGUUUUGAUUUGGAAUCAGUUGCAAGGUUACGUUAUAAAAGGCAGCACUUUCACGAAGAAGGAGACCCUGACUGUCCGRAAAAGAAGAGUGUUUCAUACGCAGAUAAGGUGAAAGGAAAGAAGUCAGACCCUAAACCAGCUGCAACCGAAAAAGGGAAGGAAGUAAAGGAGAAGGUAAGGGAGAAGGACCUCUCCCCCCCGCCACCAGCGCCAGCAGCCCCGGCGGGAGGAGGGGAGAGGGAGGAGGGAGGUAAGAAGGAUCAGGGGGGUCCCUCAGCAGGGGGGUUGUCUGAGGGACGUGACAAGGCACCGCCAGAGGGAGCGGGUCCCAAAGUGAAUCCAGGAGUUGACCCGAACCCGCUCAUGGAGGUAAACGGAGGAAGCGAGGGGAUUAAGGAAGGAGGAGUGAAGAGUCAGACAGACAGGAUCGAAGAUGGAGACGACAAAACAGAGGACAUAAAUGAAGAUGUCCAGGCGGGUCGAGGGAAGAGGAAAAGAGAGGAAGAAACAUCAGCAGUAGUAAGUGACGUGGAACUAUCAGAUGACGGAUCGGACGAAGGGGAGGGAAGGGAUGAAGACAAGAAGGGGGAUCACUUUGAAGAAAAGUCGAUCCAGAGCGAAGACUCCCUGUCCCUGAGCGAAAGGUGUGAAGAGAGUGAGGAGGAUGAAGGAUUGGAAGGGGGGGUGACGAUAGGAUUGAUGUCGCAGGGGGAUUUCCAGGAAUCCACGAAAAUUUAUGAAAAUAAGGUAUAUGAUAUGGAAACCCCUGUGCCGCACCAAAAAGGAACACCCCUGUCCAAAGACGAAACCCCUUCCUCAGAGGAUGCUUUCUCGGACUGUCAUGAGGUAAUGGCUACCCCCAAUAAGGAGGAAGUCACAGGCUCGACACCGUCUCGAGAUAGGCCCCUCGAGGGUAAGUCCCCGACCAAAAAGGUGAAGGUGUCACUCAAAAAAGGGAAGAAUGCCCCAAGAUUGGAUCGUAACCUGCUCCUGGAGAGAGGCAAUCAUCAGACUAAACGGAAGGAGCAAAACACUCGACCGACGAAGCAGCUGUCUCUUGCACCACCAAUGCAAACAAUUUCUCGUUCAGAUAAACCAAAGGCAGCAACAAAGGAACUCAACCUUCCUCUAAUUUGCAUCAUGUUGCCUCACGGCCCCAUGGUCUUGACUAAGUUGGAUGACAAUGAAUGUCAGCUUUUACCGACAAUCGCUUCGAAUGGUUUCCUAACGGACACGAGAUUGGUAAAGGAGAUCAGGAGUAGUGUGUUGGCGGAUUGUUGUAAAAGUACCAUUCUCCCAGAGCCUAAGAGGGGCCGCCUCCUGGUCAACGCACCGGGAGGGGGGAAAAUGGUAUUGCGCAUAUCUUUCGCAKCACUCAGAGGAGAAGCGGACACAAUUCAGAGUUUGCGGUUUCACCGUAUUCAUUGGAUCCCACUAGCACAUCUUCUGGAUGUGGAAACCGACACUCUGAGUAACGUUCAGAUUGUGGGCGAAGUAUCGGCAAAUGUAAUUGCGGAAUGGAUCACUCACUCGGAUUUGACGAACUUCUUGUCCUCGGUGACCUCUGCGGACUCCCUCUCAGUGAACUCCCGACCCUCCCCGGCUUUGGAAGGGAAUAGGGACAAGGUCACUCGGAGGGACAGAAAGAUCUCUUCCUCCCGCAUCCAAAACCUGAGUGGAAAGGGCCCCCUUGAUGGUCCUACCGGCCAGGUUUAGGUUCGCAACAUGGAACAUUCGGGGAUUAGGUGACUCUAAUGGGAGAUGUAAAAAUCGUACCUGGAUCCACAAGAAUAAUGUUCAGUUCGCUUGCCUGCAAGAAACAAAAUUAAAUGAAGAAA